CUCAGGGCCACGGAAGGAGGCGCCAUACUCAGUCAGAAGCCGGGGAAGUGGGGGGCGGGGGUAAAGUGGGAAUUCUCCAGCGCCGGACUCGCCGGACCAUGGAGCACGAUUGCGCAGGCGCCUCUCGGCGCGGGGGAUCCUGGGCAGAUUUCCCUGCCGGACCCCAGGAGUCUUGAGAAGAUGACUUUAGAGGAGAGAGAAGGAUGCGUUUGGCUCCUUGUGCUUAGCUCUGUGUUUGUGUGUAAUCUCCUUAAGCUUCUCCUCCCCUCCUUCUCUUCUGUCAUAUCCAAGCUGCUACAAAAGGAUGUAGACCAAGAGUCCCAGAUGAGAGCAGAAAUACAAACCAUGAAACAAGACCUCUCCGCUAUUAGCAUGAUGGAUGAAUUUGCCAGAUACGCCAGACUAGAACGAAAGAUUAAUAAAAUGACUGAUAAGCUUAAAACUCAUGUGAAGGCACGAACAGCUCAGUUAGCCAAAAUUAAAUGGGUCAUAAACAUUGUUUUCUACAUAUUGCAGGCUUUAUUGAUGAUCUCACUUAUUUGGAAGUAUUAUUCUGAUCCUGUGACUGUGCUACCAAGUAAAUGGAUAGCUCCAUUAGAACGUUUAGUGGCAUUUCCUACUGGAGUAGCAGGUGGUGUUGGAAUUACUUGUUGGCUUGUCGUCUGCAAUAAAGUUGUGGCUAUCAUGCUUCACCCUUUUAGCUGAAAAGAAAAAUGAAUGAACGCCAGGAUUUUAAUUACUUUUCCACUGUAACAAUUAAAAAUCUGGUUUAAAGGUUUUUCUUUUAAAACAUACCUUUUUCUGGAAUGUAGGCAUACCAAGGCUAAGAAAAAAUUGUUUAUAAUUGUUAUAGUUGAAGUAGAAUAAUUUUGUUCUGAAUAUAUGUACACAUCAGUAAGUCCAACACUAAUUUAUUUUCUUUAAUAAUGGUAGCAUUUAUGACACAUUUAAUAGAAUUUAGAAGGGAUUUUUUUUGUUACUACUGUUAGAAAAUUAGGUGUUUUAGAAUUGCCAUAAAAGCACUAUAUUGUUUUAAAUUCUAAUUUGCUAAGGGAAAUAACUCUUAAUAACACCAGUACUAAAACAUGACAUUUAUUUUUUUAGUCUGAUCCUACAAAAUAUAUUCAGCAAUACUGAAAGCCUUCUUAUUCUUGACAAAACUCCACUUUCUGUUGUGAUAGUUGUUGGUGUUAAAUAUUUGCUUAUCUGUCUUUUCUCUAAGGGGUAAACAGUGUAGAUUAACUACAAGUCUAGCUUGUUGUUAAAAACGGUUAGAAUUUCAUUAUUUUUAUAAAUGUUUGCUAUAUGUUGUUUUGUGCAUGAACUGCUUUUGUAUGUGAAACUUUAAUGAAAUUUAUCUUAAUAUUUAGACUAAACUUAAUAUUUAUGUUCAUGAAAUGGCCUUGUUCUAUUAAUAAAAAAAGUUAAUAAAGAACUGAUUAAAUUAUU